AUGUCGCCCGCAACCCAGCCAGGUUGCGGUCCUUCUGGGGCUCUGAUUACCUCUCUCCUCAUCUCCAACUUUCAUUGUCCUAGUUGUAUUCCGACCAUACGCAAAGCGCUGCAGAAGUCAUUUACCCGCCACAUUAGCUGGAUCUCGCCGAACCUUGUCACCUCAGUAGUCACUGUCGAGCAUGGCGCGGUCGCCUCCAGCACCGAUAUGAAAUCGGCGCUGGAAGAGUUCGGAUUCGAAGUGUCUGCCAUGGCCACCUCUCCUAGCACGCCUGCUGCAACGGGGCAGCAAGACCCUGGGGCGGCGGAAACCGCAGAAGAUGAAUCCUGGCACACCUUCAACUUGGUCGCGUGGAUUGCCUGCUCUACUGCCUCCGGCCAGUCUGCGGCCGACCGGGAGCAGCGGGCCAAGGUUCAUCUCCAGAGUUGCGAGAAGUGCCAGCUGUCGAAGCGGAACGGAGAGACGCCUGCGGUCGAGGUGGAUAUGUUAGCUGCACUACACCCCUCGACCUCGACGGCCCUGAACAGGACUAGCGAGGCCGAGAGAGCGGCAAAAGCCUCCUCGAAACACCUUGUCAUUGCGGGGACCACCGGAGAGGUGAUUCCAGAGGGCAGACGGAGAGCAACGCUCGCAGUCCGCGGCAUGACAUGCGCCGUCUGCGUCAAUGCCAUCACGGACGAGUUGGGCCGGCUGGAGGGGGUUGUGGACGCAGUGGUGAGCCUUGUGUCGAAUAGCGCGACGGUCACGUUCGACGGCGGCAACGCUCGGGUGCCGCAGAUUGUCGAGGCUAUUGAAGACUUGGGCUACGAGGCGACCGUGGAUAACGUCACCAACCUUGACGAAGAGGGAAUCGUCGCCACCGAGGAGCGCAUCGUCGAUAUCAAGCUAGACGGCAUCUACUGUCCUCAAUGUCCGUCCCGCGUGGCCCGCAGCCUAGCUGGAUUCCGGCGGCAGCUUGCCAUUGUCGGUAUGCCCACCUCGGUACAGAAUCCUGUCAUGCAGGUGCGCUACCUGCCCGAUGCGCCGGGCUUCACGGUACGGCGCAUCAUCGAGGCCAUCGAGGCAAGCGACGAAGCCAUCAGAGCGUCCGUGUAUCAUGCGCCAACCAUCGAGGAGCGCUCGCGGCAGAUCAGGCGCCGCUACCAGCGGCAGCUGCUGUACCGUGUGACCUUGACCGCCAUUAUCUGCAUCCCGACCUUCGUGAUCGGCAUCGUGUACAUGAACCUCCUGUCGGACUCCAACGCCGGGAAGAGCUACCUGAUGGCGCCGCUGGCGUCGGGCAUUAGCCGGGGGCAGUUCGCGCUCUUGGCCCUGGCGACGCCCGUGUACUUUUGCGCCGCAGACGCAUUCCAUGCCAAGGCCAUCAAGGAGAUCCGCGCUCUAUGGCGGCGCGGAAGCCGCACACCGGUGCUUCAGCGCUUCUACCGCUUCGGUAGCAUGAAUACGCUUAUGUCGCUGGGAACUACCAUCGCGUACGUAGCCUCCGUUGCCCAGUUGAUCGCGGCUGGUGUGAAUCACACGACUGAGCUCAGCAACGCGGAUCUCUACUUCGACUCGGUCGUCUUCCUUACCUUCUUCAUCCUGCUGGGGCGCGUGAUCGAAUCCCUUAGUAAGGCAAGGGCUGGUGAUGCUGUUGAGAUGCUGGGCAAGCUCCGCCCGACGACGGCGAUGCUCGUUGAGCGGCUGAAUGACGGCGAGGAAGGGGAGGAGAAGGUCUCCGUCGUCCAGGCUGACCUGCUCGACUUGGGCGACCUGGUCCGCGUGCCGCACGGCGGAUCCCCGCCCGGUGACGGCACCCUUGUCCGCGGCGACAGCACCUUUGACGAGUCCUCGCUCACUGGCGAGUCGCGACCGGUGCGCAAACAGGCCCACGACCUGGUCUUCUCCGGGACGGUCAACAAGGGUGCCCCUGUGCUCAUCCGCAUUACUGGGGUUGCUGGCCGUUCGAUGCUGGACCAGAUCGUGGAUGCUGUGCGAGAAGGACAGACGAAGCGCGCUCCCGUGGAGCAGAUUGCCGAUGUCAUGACGGCCUACUUUGUACCGGCUAUUACGCUGACAGCCAUCCUGACCUGGCUGACGUGGAUGUCGCUCGGCUGGGCCGGCCGUCUGCCUGUCGACUGGCUCGAUGUGACCUCUGGCGGCUGGGUGGCCUGGUCACUGCAGUUCGCCAUAGCCGUGUUUGUUGUCGCUUGCCCGUGCGGCCUGGCCCUCGCGGCUCCUACGGCGGUUUUUGUGGGCGGUGGCCUGGCCGCACGCCACGGCAUCCUCGCCAAAGGGGGCGGCGAGGCGUUCGAGAAGGCCAGCAAGGUCGAUACUGUCAUGUUCGACAAGACGGGUACGCUAACUCUCGGCGGCGAACCGAGCAUUACGGACGCGGAGUUCUACGUUGACGGCGACGAUGCUUGGAAGGCUACCCUGCUUGCGGCCGUCAAAGCCGUCGAGGAGAACAGCACCCAUCCCGUUGCUAAGGCUGUCGCCAUCUACAGUGCGUCGGAGGCUUCUAGCAGUGUGAUCAUUGGCAAUCUCAACGAGAUCCCUGGCAAAGGCAUGGCAGCAACCUGCUCGAGUUUAGCCGCUCCCGACGCCCAGUUCGAGAUUCUUGUCGGCAGCGAGGCUCUCCUGGCAGAUUUCAGCGUAGACAUUCCGCAGGCCGUCACCACAAUACUGGAGAGGUGGAAAACGGAGGCAAAAUCCAUUGCCCUGGUCGCCUACAAGAGAAUGUCCUCUCCGGGGACUGGAAGCCCUCCGAAUCACCCAACGCCGCACGUGCUCGCUGCCACCUUUGCCGUCUCCGACCCGAUCCGCCCCGAGGCGCCCGCCAUCGUGCGUGCGCUGCACGCGCGGGGCGUGGCCGUGUGGCUCCUGUCCGGAGACAACGUACUAACGGCGUCGGCCGUCGCGGCUCGCGUGGGCAUCCGUGCCGAUCGCGUCGUGGCCGGCAUGCUGCCGACGCAAAAGGCGGCGGCGCUGGAGCGGCUCCGCCGAGGAACCGAGGCAGGGAGUGGUUGGACCGGGGCGCCGCGCCGCGUCCCUGUCAUCGCCAUGGUGGGCGACGGAGUUAACGACGCGCCCGCGCUGACGGCUGCCGACGUGGGCGUGGCUAUGGAGUCCGGCGCCGACGUAGCGCUGGGCGCCGCCGACUUUGUGCUGCUGCUCGCGGACCUGCGCGGCGUGCUCAACCUCCUGGACCUCUCGCGCGCCAUCCUGGGACGCAUCAAGGUCAAUUUCGCCUGGGCCGUCGUGUAUAACGUCAUCGCCAUCCCCAUCGCCGCCGGAUGCUUGUACCCCAUUCCAAACAAUGGUCAACACGUGCGCCUCGACCCCGUCUGGGCCAGCCUGGCAAUGGCGCUUAGCAGCAUCUCGGUCGUGACUAGCUCACUGGCGCUGAGGAGCCCGAUCCCAGGGCUGGGCUUUCGAGUCAAGAAGAUUGCGGAUGAGAUUGCGGACAUGGCUUGA